CCUGCUCUUACCUGUCCAUAUAUGCAUGAGCUUCUCUCGCUUGCUUGGCCGGCCAAGUAGCAAGCAGUAGGUUCUUCUGUGCAAGCUCGCUCACUCCUCAGUCCCUAGUCUGGCAAGAGAGAAGAGAGAUGGCUCGCCCCUACCACCUGACCCUCCUCUCCGUCUUUUCCUUCCUGCUCCUCACUGGCCUUGUGACUGCUGAUCUGUCCGGAGAGAAUAAAGUCGGGAAGAUUGUGACCAUGACCGUCCAGUACCCGGCCGUGGGCUCACCGCCGGGGGAGAAGACCACGAUCUCAGCGCACUACGUUGACGAGAACGGAGGCAGCGACCGCCGCUUCAACCUCGACUGUGACGAUGACGAGCCCCUCGGUUUCGCCAUGAAGUACCUUAUCACGACCCUGGAGGGGAUACGAGAUACGCGGGAGUCUCGAUCCGAGCUCUAGUACUACCUGGACCUUCACGUACGGUGCUCAGCGUGGUGGAUGGUUGCAUGUCCAGUGCCCAGUGGAAAUUGGAGAAGGAGCUCCCCUUUUCGUCUCAGGGAAAAUAUAUUAGGCGCCUUUUAACUUUGUGUUGUUGUAUCGGACUAUCAGUAAUUAAGGGGAAUUUCUGGUUCUACUUC